GGAGGGUGUCAGCCGCCGCCGCCGCCGCCGCCGCCGGAGCUGCUGCUGCCGCGUCCCGUCCCGUCGCCAUGUCGGUGCCCAGCGCCCUCAUGAAGCAACCGCCGAUCCAGUCCACGGCGGGCGCCGUGCCCGUCCGCAACGAAAAGGGCGAGCUCUCCAUGGAGAAGGUGAAGGUGAAGCGGUAUGUGUCGGGGAAGCGGCCCGACUAUGCGCCCAUGGAGUCCUCGGAGGAGGAGGACGAGGAGUUCCAGUUCAUCAAGAAGGCCAAGGAGCAGGAGGUGGAGCCCGAGGAGCAGGAGGAGGAACUCGCCAACGACCCGCGGCUGCGGCGCCUCCAGAACCGCAUCAGCGAGGAUGUGGAGGAGCGGCUCGCCAGACACCGUAAAAUUGUGGAGCCUGAAGUGGUUGGAGACAGUGAUUCUGAGGUGGAGGGAGAAGCCUGGCGGCUUGAACGUGAAGACACCAGCGAAGAGGAAGAGGAAGAGAUUGAUGACGAGGAGAUCGAGCGCCGCCGUGGGAUGAUGCGCCAGCGAGCGCAGGAGAGGAAAACCGAGGAAAUGGAGGUGAUGGAGCUGGAAGAUGAGGGUAGAUCUGGAGAAGAGUCUGAGUCAGAGUCAGAGUACGAGGAGUACACAGACAGCGAGGAUGAAAUGGAGCCACGUCUCAAACCUGUCUUCAUCCGCAAGAAGGACCGGAUCACAGUUCAGGAGCGAGAAGCAGAAGCCUUGAAGCAGAAGGAGCUGGAGCAGGAGGCGAAGAGACUAGCAGAAGAGAGGCGCAAGUACACACUUAAGAUUGUAGAAGAAGAAGCAAAGAAGGAACUGGAAGAGAAUAAGCGCUCGCUGGCAGCACUGGAUGCGCUUGAUACAGACGAUGAGAAUGAUGAGGAGGAGUAUGAGGCCUGGAAAGUACGUGAGCUGAAGCGAAUCAAACGGGAUCGCGAAGAACGAGAAGCCAUGGAGAAGGAGAAGGCAGAGAUUGAGCGAAUGCGGAACCUGACGGAGGAGGAGCGCCGCGCUGAGCUUCGGGCCAAUGGCAAGGUCAUCACCAACAAGGCAGUGAAGGGCAAAUACAAGUUCCUGCAGAAGUACUACCACCGUGGUGCCUUCUUCAUGGAUGAAGAUGAGGAAGUGUACAAAAGGGACUUCAGCGCCCCUACUCUGGAGGACCACUUCAACAAGACUAUUCUGCCCAAAGUCAUGCAGGUCAAGAACUUUGGGCGCUCUGGGCGAACAAAGUACACGCACUUGGUGGACCAGGACACGACUUCAUUCGAUUCUGCGUGGGGUCAGGAGAGUGCGCAGAACACCAAGUUCUUCAAACAGAAGGCAGCAGGUGUACGGGAUGUCUUUGAGCGACCAUCAGCUAAGAAGCGAAAAACCACCUAAGGGAGUGUGCAGGACAGUGUCACGUGGCUGACUACAGGGCAGAAGGCACUUGUCUGCCAGCUACCUGAAAGCAGGGGCAGGACAGAAGAGAUAGUACUGUGCUGCCAGGACCUGUCCUGAGCAGCUGUUCCUGUCUGUGCUCCUGCACUGAGCCUCACCCUCCACUUGGUGGCAGGAUUCAUUCCCAGGGCUGCAGAGACUCAGCAGACUCAUGACCUGAAUCUUUUGUGGAGGAAGACAGUCGAUCUGUGCUGACCAGGCCCACGGCCCUGUCACCUUUCCACCAGCAGCAACGCCUAGACAGCUGAUAGAGCCUGUGCAGGAGCAUAGCAACUCACCCUGCUCCCAACACUCGUUCCUUUCAGAGGAAUUAACAGACUUUACACUCAUCUGUUCCAAAGUGUCUCCCCAUUGCUGGUCUUUCCCCUCCAGUUGUCAAGCUGGGCCCUUUUCUGGUUUGGAACAGCUGUGACACUGUCCCCUCACUCUGUUUCUGCAGGGCUUUGCUUUUCUACCUGUGCAGUGGGGUGGGACAGGAUAGUUUUGAAUAAAGCAAGUGUUUUCUUACAA